GGGGAAGAGAGCCAGCAUCAAUCACUAAGGUCGAAUUGGCUCGCUCUCCAUUCGCCCAUUUCAUUUGUCGUCAGAUCCAACCACCACCAGAAUCUCUCCUUCAGCCCACGAUGCUUGCCACGAGGUACGGCGCGCACUCACACGGCUGCUAUUAACUCAAUUGGCGCAACCAAUUGUAGCGAAUGAACUCGGUUUGCUAAUAUGUUCGCCAUGUAGAGUGCUACGAGCCGCCGCGGGCGGUCCCAAGCCCAACAUCACCGGCUUCAACAUGCGGGCGUUCCAAGCAUCAACCGGCCAGCCUCGAUACGAUCCCUGGGAGCGAAACGAGGCCUGGCGAUACCAGGGUCCCUAUACCCGCUGGAACCGUCUCAAGAGCGGUUUCCCCGGUCUCGGCAUCGCGACAGUCGCUUUCACCGCUUACUGCGGAUACGAAUACUUCUUCCUCGAGGACGAGCACCACCACGGUGAGGCGCAUGGAGAGGAGCACCACUAGAGUGCAUGGAUACGACGAUUGAGGGAGCAGAUUUAGCUGGAAUGCAACUAUCCAGAGGUGAGAAGUUUUGUACAUAUACCUCCCGCGGCGAGGACGGUGUUUGAUCAGAUUAUGGAACCAUCAAUCAAAAGAAAUAUCAAAACAAGAAGCAGGAGGACCUGCCUUUCUGACAUCAUCAUGAACUUGCUGUGGUAUUGGAACGAACUGGAAAGCCAAUACAUCGGUGGCGUGAAGAACUUUUGAACUGGAUAGGUAACAUUCCUUGUUGGUGACACUUUGUCCUACGAUUAUCACUCGAAUGCUAGGGCUUCCUUUUCUUUGUCAACUGCGAUGGUUAUCAGUGUGGAUGGUGUGAAGACUACUGGUGUCUAUGCUCACCCUACCAAUUAUCGGGUCGAUCGCUCAGUUACUUGUGAAGCUUACGGAGGUGUGCUUUGUUCCUCAAUGAGUAAAGCGGAAUGAGCAUGCAAGGUCCA